AUGAAGUUUUGCUUGAUAAACAAAGCCUGCGGAUGCUUCUUCUUAGGAGCAGCAUCCUGUGGAAUCCUCAUUCAAGUGUUCACCCGGUUCACCCGGCCUCGGUCAUUGUUUUAUGACCAGAAGCAGGUGACCACGGUGACCACCAAUCGCCCCACGCCCUUGUUGCGCGUGGCACCUUUGCCGCUGCCGCUGGAGCACCCAGAGCGCCCGGCCCGCCCGGCCCGCCCGGCCCCCACUGCGCUGGCGUGGACACCACCGCUGCGAAGCGCUGCCAGCACCGUGGCGAAGUGCGAACUGCCUCCUGGGGGACGAUGGGCCACUGUGCAACUGACUGGUCUCACGCCCUUCCAGAUGGCCGUGUACGCCUCACAUGACAUCGUGAGUUCCAGUGUGAGCUUCCGACACAACUGGGAGCAACUGGAUGUGAGAAGAUUUGGGAAACCUGGGCAUGCCUGUGACAUCGGUGGCAACAUCGGCUUCUACACCUUUGCCUUGGCAAAGGCGGGAUGGAACCUGACCACCUUCGAGGCAAUGCCUAGCAACGUGGCGUUGAUGAAGGCCACCUUGUGCGCCAACGAAGAGCUGCAGGAACGAGUGGAUCUGCACCAAGUAGGCUUGGGUGAUGCUCCUGGUCGAUGUAGCCUCAUGUCGGAUACCAUCAAUGUGGGCGAUGGCAUUGUGGUCUGUCGCACCAUGCAGGAUCCCACCAAGAACAUCCGCGCACAGUUUGCUUUUCGAACUGAGUUCGAGGUGAAGCGCUUUGAUGAGGUCUUCCCGCAGGGACGUUUCGCAACGCUGCCCAUCGACUUCGUGAAGAUCGACGUGGAGGGCUUCGAGUGCAAGGUCUUUCAGGGAGCGCACGAACUCUUGAAACAGGCGCCGCACAUCAUCCAAAGUGAGGUGUGGGGCACGAUGCAGGGAUGUACUCCUGCAGAGUACUUGAAAUUAUUUACGGAAGCGGGAUACCGCGUCAAGCGGGACGCUGGAUGCAGCAUGGAUGUGAACUUGAAGCAGUUACCUGUAGCAGGACAAAUCGUUGAUUACUGGAUGUGCCAUUAG